CAGGACCCAGCGCCGACCGGAGGCAGUUACAGCAUGGCUGCAGCCCGGCAGCUUCGGGGUUCUCAGCUCAUGGGGCUGGGGGCAGCCCUGGCCCUCCUGUGCCUCUCUGCCAGGGUCAAGGCAGCCCCUGAGUUUUCGGGCUACCUGCGCAAGGUGCUGAAGAACCACACGAUCCACACCUGUGAUGGGGAGCAACUGAUCAUCAUGUGCCCUCACAAGACCACUGUCAGCAUCCUUGGCGCAUUCUAUGGGCGUCGCGUGCCCAGCCCGCAUCUCUGCCCUAACCCUGGUAAUGUUUCUGAGGAGAGCACUGAAUGCAUGUCUGCCACAGCCCACCAGAAACUGCUCGACGAGUGCCAGGACCAACGAUGGUGCCAGUUCUCAGUUCACAGCCAAGUCUUUGGGCCAGACCCGUGUCCUGGGACACACAAGUACCUUGUUGCUUCUUACAAGUGCCGGCCAGCUAACCAUCGCAUCAAGACUGUGUGUGAGAAUGACAAACUAAGGCUGCAGUGCCGGCCAAAAUCCAUCCUGGCCAUUUACUCUGCAAGUUAUGGACGAUUCCUGCGGGGCAAGCCAGAGUGUGAUGCUCUGAACACUGAGCAACCUCAUAUAGAGUGUUUGGCUCCCGACGCCUUGAGGAGGGUUUCCAGGAAGUGCCACCGGAAAGAGAACUGCACUGUGACUGCUGACAGGGCCACCUUUGGGGACCCGUGCUUCCCUGGCAUGAAGAAACAGCUGCGGGUCUCCUACACAUGUGUGCCCAGGCAGCUGCUGGAGGAGGUGGGCCCUGACACCUCGGACCCCUUCCUGCUCUCGGACUACACACACGGUGGCUGGUACAAAGGGCCCAGGUUCUCCAGGCUCCGGAAAGACCUGAUGAUUUUUACUAGCUCUCUGGAAGCUUUUGCCCACCUUUGGGGCAUCCCAGAGAAAGUUGGCCUCUACUUUCUUUGUGGGGUCUCAGGAGGCCUCAUGCUUCUGCUCUGCAUCAUCAGCCCUAAAAUGGCCUUCAUCCAGGACAUGAAGGAGGCUUUCAAAGACCCAGAGCUGGGGAGAAGCUCAGAGCUGAGUAGAACCAAGCUGCAGGAUGAACAGGAUGAAGAUAUUCCUGAUGACAGUUCCUCAGACUCCUCCUUCCGCCGCCUCACCCGCACCUACCGGGCAACCGACAACAUCUUCAGCCCUGAACUGACAGCAGCAAUGGAGGGGGUGGCAGAGCACCAGGGCCACGAUGGGGAAGAGAUCUGGAUGCCCAAGGAAUCCAGCCCUUAUGCCAUCCACAAGAUCAAAUCAGCUACCAAAUGAGAACUGAAAGAACAGGGCUGUAGAGCAAUGAGGCCAGGGGGAGGGGGGAGUGGGGGCAAAGCGGGAUGAGAUAUCCGGAUGCCCUGCAAGGAAAGACUCCUCAGCUCUUCACUGAGAGACAUGAUGGUUUGAGCUCCUCAGAGCUGGAUGGAGCCAGGAUCAGCCAUCCUGGUCCAGCACUAGGGAGAAAUCCCAAACCAUGGCAGAGGGCACUGCAGCCCUGGUGCAGCCCUACAGCUGGGAGGGAUUUCCUGGGAAGGCUGUUCCAGGAUCAGCCCACUGCUCCAAGCGGCAUGGAAACCUCUGAGCUGAUCACUCUGUGGGAAAAUGUGAUCCCAGGGUGUAAUAAGGGGCUAAGGGAUUGUUUGUGGCGCCAUUGGCUCCUUUGCUGUGAACACAUCGCUAAUCUUAAUUUAACCUUCCAAUUCUUGCCAUGUUCACUGCUUGCUCAGGCUUGCUGGCCCUCAGCACUUAACCCCUCUCAGUCCAGCAAAGUCUGGGAAGCCCUGGUGCUUUUCAGGCUCUAUUUCCUCCUGUUUCUUUUCAUGUGCUGGUUCCCUCCCACAAUGCUGUGAAUGUCCCCAAAGGCUUGGAGAGUAUGCCAGUGGUUGGAGAAGACAGCUUUUGACAUAGAUAAGGAAAUUGCAAAAGUGUGGGGAGGAUGAACAUUGAACUUGGAAAGACUGUCUUGCUGGGAGUGUGAAAGGGGCCACAAGCAUCAACCAGCACAUCCACACACCAGCAGUGGGUGCUGGCAGGUGCCUUGUACAAGCAUAGUUGCUGGUGUUUCCCUUGGCCCUAGUCUCCCUGAUGAGUGCUGCACCCUUGGGAGCUGUGGUAGCAGAAAUGGCUGCUGUGAGGUGAGGGAGGAAAAGUCCUGUUAGCAUGCUGUCUCUCAGGAGGGAUUUGCUCAAAUCUUCUUGUGAGCAUCAGGAAAUUCUUUCACUUCACGUCUUUCUGUGAUUUCCUUCUUGCUUCUUUCAUUCUGUGCUGGCUGCAGAGCUUCGGUUUCCAGGUAACAGGCUAACUUGCUGGGGCCUUUUCCAGCAAAUAAAUGCAAA